UCUCUCUCUCACUCACACACACACACACACACACACUCUCUCUCUCUCUCUCACUCUCUCUCACUCUCUCUCUCUCUCUCUGUCUGAUUCCAGCGAGUUUCAGGCCUUAUUGAAGUUCAGUUUGAUCCUUUCUUCGCUGUCACGAUGCCGACUAUUAAACUGCAGAGCUCUGAUGGGGAGAUGUUUGAAGUGGAUGUUGAAAUCGCCAAACAGUCCGUCACUAUAAAAACCAUGCUAGAAGAUUUGGGGAUGGAUGAUGAAGGCGAUGAUGAUCCAGUCCCUCUCCCCAAUGUUAAUGCUGCUAUUCUGAAGAAGGUAAUUCAGUGGUGCACCCACCAUAAAGAUGACCCUCCUCCCCCAGAAGACGAUGAAAAUAAAGAGAAAAGAACUGAUGACAUCCCUGUGUGGGACCAGGAGUUCCUCAAAGUAGACCAGGGCACCCUCUUCGAACUCAUUCUGGCGGCAAAUUAUUUGGACAUCAAAGGUUUGCUUGAUGUUACUUGUAAGACGGUUGCAAACAUGAUCAAAGGCAAAACCCCAGAAGAGAUCAGAAAGACGUUCAAUAUAAAAAAUGAUUUUACAGAGGAAGAGGAAGCCCAGGUACGCAAGGAGAACCAGUGGUGUGAAGAGAAGUGAAGAAUAUCCUGAUACACUUUAACAUUACCAAUUGUUCCAGAAAACAACAUGAUUGAAAAAUUGCACUGCGCUUUUCAUAUUUGUUCAUAUUCAACACAAAUAAAGAGUCAAAUCCCUUGUGUUUUGAUGGCAUGA